UUCUUCACACUAAAAUACUCGAGGAUGAUUAAAUAUGCGUGAUUUGUCAAACUAAUCAAACUUAUAAUUAAACAAACUAUAAUUACCCUCACUGUUAACUUUUCAUGUUAUUCGUGGACUUUUAAUUUAGUCUGUGCUCUUUAUUCUUUGAAAUUGUUGAAAUUGUCCAUAGUCCUGUCAAAAUUUUGCCAAUAUUUACUUAUAAUAGUAUUUCAUAGACUGGGAUUUUCAAUCUAAAAAUAUCACCAUUAAGUGAAAAAUAAGGGACUAUAAUUAAUGUUUUCCUACCAUGAAAGGAUGCAUAUAUAAGUAAACAUAUGAAACGAAUACUAAAUAUGUUAAAAUAAGAAGUUGACAGUGAAAGCUUUGUGGGUUCGUUUAUUACAUUAACGAAGCUUUUAAAUCAUUAAAAUGGAUAUACCAGUACAAAUAGCGAUCCGCCUUAAACCUCCAAGCAUUGCAGACUCGUUACAGUGUAUAUUUAGUAAUCCAGUGACUCAAAUAGUGAUAACUGAAAGUGGCCAGACUUUUCAUGUCAACAGAGCAUUACCAGUCGAUUGUACCCAAGCUCAUCUGUUUAAUUCAUUUAUGAUUCCACAAAUUAACUGUUUCCUGGAUGGAUGUGACACAUCAGUAGUAGUUUUUGGCCAAGCAAGGACUGGAAAAACUUACACUCUGUUCGGACCAGGUUUUGAAUGCAUACAUAGCGAAUGCGACCAAGGCAUCAUUCCACGAUUUCUUACUGACAUUUUUCACAAGCUUAGUCAAAUGCCUGAAAGGGAAUUUAUAUUACAUAUUACAUGGAUGCAAGUCGUUAAUAAUAAUAUUUUCGAUGUGCUUGGAGCUGGAUUAGUUAGGUGUUGCAAUGUAGAAGAGGCAUUUCAAUAUUUACAACUAGGAUGGAGGCAAAGAUGUUUAGGAAAUCACCAUACAGUGUUCACAGUAAGUAUGGAACAGAAAUGGGUGGGCACAAAUGGUGUUCUUAAUCACAGAAUGUCCACAGCUAGUUUCUGUGAUCUUGCUGCAUAUCCUGAGCCCAGUCUUUUCGCUUUAGAGAAUAUUAUCAAGGAAUUGGUAGCGGGAAAUCCUCCUAAGCAAAUAAACUAUGACCAGUGCAUCCUUACAGCAAUGUUGAGAGAUUCGUUUGGUGGCAGAGCAUUUACUUGGGUCAUUGGCUGUAUAAGUACAGAGCCAGAAGACUACCAGGACACCUUAAAGAUUCUGAAUGUAUGCCUUUGUUGUAGAGGUAUCAAAAAUUUUGUUACCGUAAAUUUAUUUGCUGACAAUAACACUCCUGUGUACACAGAAAAGAAUGUUCUACCAGCUGACAAUAGUUUUAAUUUACAAUUCGCAACAACACAAUGGAUAAAACUAGUCUCCAAUGCAGAGGGAUUGUUUAAUAAGAUAUUACAAUCAAAAUCUUUAUCAGAGACUGAUAUUAAUCAAGUUAGCGAGUGGUUAUUCUUAAAAGCUGAAUGUGAUGAAUGUUUGAAUGGUGAUGGUGGUGAUAAUAAAGAUGUGGCUACAAAACAAGGCUUACCAAGAAUAGCAGAGGAUACUGAGCCUAGUGAACCAAGUGAAUCUGAUGAAGAAUCUGAUUCUGAAGAUAGUCAUUCUGAAACUGUAUUUCAAGAUAAAGUUGAAAAAUAUAUGGAUUACUUUAGAGAGAAAAAUGAUCAGCUGUUUGCAGAGAGAUGUGAAGAAUAUUUGAAUCAUAUUGAUUCAGAUGAUAUUACUAUUUCGGAGACGAGUGGGUCACAAUCUCUGCCAAUAAUGACAUCACAAUCAAAUUCAGGAAGGAGACGGACAAUCCAGCCAGGUGAGAGCUUAUCUGGUGCAGAACUUGAAUUAUUAAGGAAAGUAGCAGCCAAAGCGAUAUCACCGGAAUCUCAAAAAAUCAUAAUAGAAUCUCACAAGAAAGAUGUAGAUCCUGAACCAAAAUUAAUAGAAAGGGAACUUCUGAAAAUGAUUGAUUCUGCAAAGACAGCUGAGAUUUGUAAAAAGUAUAAAAUGACAAAGGAGAAAUAUGCUCAGAAACAAAUUUUAGCAAGAAAAAUUUCUAAAGAAAUAAGUGGCAGUCAGACACAACUUAAGGAGUUGAUUAAUCUUUGUAUAGCCAAAGAAAGACUGAUUAAUGAUUUAACAAAGGCAAUAUGCAUUAAUAAUCCAAACAAAAUCUACACAGAUAAAUUUGAUUCUAGAUUAGGUGAUCAAGAUGCCAUCAAAGAAAUAAAGAGGCAUGAGACAAACCUCAAAACAUAUAAGAAACAAAUAGACCAAAUAAAAAGGCAAAUCAAGAAAGAUGAAAAAAGACGGAAUACUUUAGAUGUAGAAUUAGUUAAAGAUAAAUUAAAAUUAGAUGAAUUGUCAGAAUCUUCUGUUGAUAUUAAAGAUAAAAAAGCACAUUCAUUAAAACAUUUUACUAAUAGAAUAACACAGUUAGAUAGUAUUUUAAAGGAAAAGACCAAUGAUUUGGCAAAUUUAGAAUUAUCAAAAGAUAAAGAGCUUUUGCUUAGGAAGGAAAUUAAAAAUUUACGCAAAACAAGGGAAUGUUUACACGAACAAAGAUGUAGUUUGGGACAUAAGAGGAAGAUCUACAAAUCUUUAUCAGACUCUGAGGAAAGAAAAAUACUAGAGUGUGAAGAAGCUAUAGAAGCAAUAGAUACAGCGAUAGAGUAUAAAAAUAAUUUAAUUUGUGGCAAAUCACCGGCCGCGUCACUGUCAGACUCUCAGGAGAACAAAGACUCUCGGACCCGAGGUGAACAGAUGCUCAUGGCCAGGCUGGACAAGCUAUCUCAUGAUGAAAUGAAGUCAUUACUCUACAGGUAUUUCGAAAAGGUAGUGGACUUGCGCGGCGCGUGCGCAGCGCUGGAGGCGGGCGCGGCGGCGGCAGCGGCGGAGGCGACGGCGUGGCGCGCGCGCGCCGCCGCCGCCUGGCGCCACGCGCACCGUCCGCGCCCUACACAACAUACGAGAUGUUUAGACGCGGGCAUCAUCAACGAUAGAGCUUUGUCUCUAGGAGUGACCACGGACUCUGAGACGUCUGACGACGCGAUGCGGCUCGUGGACCGCAUGCGCCAGCUCGCCAGGUAUCCUGCGGGUCCUGUAAUACCGAGUCAGAAUCUCAGACAACUGAUGCCGGCCACCAAUAUGCCAGUGGCCAAAGUCACCAAGGAACGGAACAAGCUCGUUAUAAUACAACAGAACAAGAAAAACUGAUAUACAGCAUUAUUUUUAAUUUCAA